AUGGCCGCAAACGCAAAGGUCCCCCGGAAUUUCAGACUCUUGGAGGAGCUGGAGAAAGGUGAGAAGGGUUUGGGAGCAGAGGCUUGCUCUUAUGGUCUCGCCGAUGGCGAAGACAUGAUGAUGAGCAACUGGAAUGGAACUGUCCUCGGACCCCCUCACAGCGUGCACGAGAAUAGGAUAUACAGUCUCAAUAUCCAUUGCGGUCCCGAUUACCCCGAUCUCCCCCCGACCCUCCAAUUCAUUUCACGAGUCAACAUUCCAUGCGUUGACCCGCAUUCGGGAAAGGUUGACCCUGCUAAACUGCCUUGCUUGGCUCAGUGGAAGCGUGAAUAUACGAUGGAGACCGUCUUGAUUGAACUUCGAAGGUACAUGGCCUUACCGCAACACAAGAAGCUUCCUCAGCCUCCAGAGGGCUCGAACUUCUGA